GUCAAAACUUCAAAAUGGAGAAUUGUUUGAUGUAGUUAUUAAUGUUUUGCUUGUGAACAAAAACAAAACGUGUGUAAAAUUAUUCAUAGACUAUAUUUUCAUCACCUAAAAAUAUGGCUACUUUAAUUGAUAAAAUAGAAAUGUUAAUUAAAAGAGAAAAGACUACACCAGAACGAAAGAAAGAUGACACCACAAAGUCCUCGAGUGAGAUACUUUCCGAACUUUUUAGUGCCUUUAAUGCCGACCCACCGAAAAUUGACGAAAUUCCUCAUAAGAAAUCUAAAAAAAGUAAAAAGAAGCAUAAAAAGGAAAAAAAGAAGCGUAGUCGUAGUGUAAGUUCGGGUAGUGAAUCGGAAAAGAGUGAAUAUUCUCACAAAAGAAAGAAAAGAAAAAAAGCUAAAUCAAAGAAACGAAAGGAAGUGCGAUCUCCUUCAAACUGCCGUUCAGGAACACCCGAAAUAAUAAAACCUAAAACAGAACUACUCAAAACAAAGAUCAAAAAAGAAUCUAUCCAAUUCAAACCUGAAUCUAAAAUUAAAAAGGAAAUCAAAAUCAAUAAAGUACCGGAAAAGAAGGUACCUGUUAAGACUGUAGAUUCCAACAAUACAAAUUCCUCUUUGAAUAUAGAUGCAAGCAUGAUACCAAUGCCAGAAUCUCCAAAGGAAAUAAAACUUGAAUCUAAUGAUCUCCGAAUACAGCUGGACAAAAAGAUUGAUACCACGACAGAAAGUGACAAGGCAAAAGGAAAAAUUCAAAUAAAAAACUUAAAAUUUAGUGCAGUGUUUGAAGAAACAGUUAAAAAAGCAGAAGAAGAAGCUAGAAAGAAAGCUGAAAAGGUUGAAGAGGGUGAAUAUACUGAUUCAUCAAGUAGUUCAGAAAGAGACGAGGAGUCUAAUUCACAAUUCCCCAAGUCUUCAGAUCCUGGUGGUAUAUUAAAACAGCAAGCUGCUGAGGAAGUCAAAGUUCCUGACAAGGUGAGCACUGAAGAUAAGUCUUCCAUUAAACAAAAGCAAACAGAAAGUACGAACAAACCUUCAAAAAAAGAAAGGAGUCGAUCCAGAAAGAGAUCCCGCAGCAAGUCCAGGCGUUCCAGAUCUCACUCGACAUCACGGCGUAGACGCCGUAGAUCACGGUCAAAGUCAAAGCGUAGAAGUCGCUCCAGGCACAGAUCUAGAUCAAAACGGAGAUCUAAAUCCAGAUCGCGGCACAGAUCUUCCUCAAAAUCGCGCCAUAGAUCGUCGUCGAAAUCACGACACAGAUCUUCCUCGAAAUCUCGACAUAGGUCUAGACAUCAUUCACCGAGACAUAGGGGUCGGAGAUCUAGAUCACCAACAGGUGUAAAAUUAGCUGAUAGUGAAAAGAAACGUCUUCUUGAAGUUGCAAGACGAAAUGCAAUCAACAUGCUUAAAAAUGGAGCUGUACCAGCUGGAGCAGCUGUUUUGCCUCCACACACAAGAAAUCAAGUCAUGGCUGCCAUACAAUCUGGAGGUAAAUCUGUGGAUGAACUGACAGACUUCUGCAAGCAUCUAUCAAAAAAAGAAGCACUCGGUGAACUGUCAUCCGUCUCCUCUAAUGAUGAUAACAUGAGUGAGAAUGAAGAUACCAUAGCAUUUCAUCAUCCCUUCUUAGUCAAAGAAAAGGCUCCUAUUGUUAUGAAUAUAAGAGGUGGGGCCCCUCUGCCAGCAAAAUCCUCUAUACUGCCAAUAGCCAAUAAAGAAGAACUUCGACUUCAGUUUCCUGUGUCUUCUGGUACACAGCAUAGAGAAAAAGCAUCAGAAUGGGUUCCCGUUUCACCUAAAAAAGACAUGCAAGUCGCAAAGCUGAAUGCUAAAUCACCAACAAGAUCCACCACACCUCCAGAACCAUUGAGUAUAUGUUCUGCCCCAUUGGCGCUUCCUGCGUCGCCGUCGACUUCUCCUUCAUAUUUGAAGAGUUUUACAACAGGGAGCCAGCUAUCUUCUGUUCCUGCUUUACCAGCUCCCGGUCCUCAGGCAUAUCCCCCUGGUGUAGAUUCUCCAACCAUCGACGUGGAGUCAAUCGUUUCCCAGAAGUUACUAAUGAUUCGUAAAGAACAAGAACAAAAUGAACUAGAUAAUACACAAGGUGUAAUAUCGCUCCCGCAGUUCGGCUGGACGAAGGAGAGUCGCCCGGGCCAGUUCACGGGCUCCACGGGCGCGCACAUCCUCACGCCGCGCGAGCUCGCCAGCGGCACGCAGGCCUGGGCCAAGAAGCUCGGAUCGCCGUUCGGGAUACGGGUUAUCUACUCAAUGGUCCGGCGGCCUCAGUCAGAAAUUAUAAUACUAUGUAUUAUUCUUUCUGACUUUAUAAAUAUUUUGUGAUGGUUAUGACAACAUUGCUUACAACAUUAGUUGUGGUAUAUGCAAAUACUAACUAUUCCCCGCCACCUUCGCUGGGCGUAAACAAAAAAAUGAUCCAUUUUCAUAAUAUUAGUAACUAUACGCUAAACUCUAUUUAAUUCUCAUUCAAAGCAGACUUCUUCUGUUCAACACACACGGCGCGAGAUUUGCUCUUGUAAUUAUUAUUCGUAUUCAUUCCCACUACAAUAAUGAUUUCACAAAAUUAGGUAACGAUAAAUUAUAUUUAUUUAAACAAAUACUGUAAAAAUUACCAAGCUUAAUUAACCUUUGGUGAAGUUUCAUACGACAGAGUCUCAAAUUAAAACUGAAAAUAAUAAUAUUCCUGUAUCAAAUGUGUACAAAUAAAAUAUUAACUACUUGUUUAAAAAAGUUCUGAUGUUUUCGUUUAAUAAAGAAUGUAUUUCAGCAGCUAAUGUUGUUGUAACCAUCUAGUUAAAAACCCGAUUUACUCACGUCAAGUGUAAAGAGAGAACUUUUGUAGUUCGCUCAUUACACUCUUAAGUUACUGUAAUUGCACAAGAUGGUAAUUUUCAUGCCAUAGAUUAUGGCAUGUCAUUUAUCAUUGCCAUUAUUGCAUACAGAUAUUCAGUUUUCCCCUUCUUAUAAGACUGGCUAAUAAAAAAAAACAGUAUUAGAAACACAUAUAUAUAUAUAUAUAACUUAAGGGUGGAGUUAUCAUAAAAGAAAGUUAACACUAUUUCAUAUAAUAUUUUAAAUAAUAAUAUUUGACUAUUUAAUUGGUAACCCAUACCUUCAAUACACUUCACUCUAUACAUAAAAGUUCGAUUGUUCUUGAAAGAAGCAUAAAAAUUACAAAUAUGCUUUAGAUUAAAAUUUAAAUGAAUAUAAAUUAAUUUUCUUUUAUGGAUCUAUUUUUAUAAAAUAAUUGAUAUUCGUAUGAUUAAGCAAUCACAACUUGCCCAAGCACUUAGUCAGUCCAUGUACAUUAUAGUCUAGUGAUUUUUUGGAUAAAAUCAACCGGUCUCCAAGAUAAACUAGGCUUAAAUGGGGAAAUCAUGAAUAUUUGUUGCAGCUUUUAAAAGAUAAGGAGACGCGAGCACUUCGAUAGACGCACCGCCGUCGACCAUAGGUGCAAAUAAUGUACCCGCUGCAAA